UCUCCCUCUGUCUCUCCCCGCACCCCGCUCCCUCUAAGGUUGGCAGGAGGAGAGGAUCGGAGCUCUUUUCUGCUUGAUUACAAGAUACGGAAGGCUAGGAGCUCUUCGUCUUUCCACGGUCAUCUUCUGAAAACUGGCCUGCCAGACCUGGGGAUAGAGACCAGAGCUUGGCUGCCCCCCUGACCCCCCCAGGCCCUCCCUGCUGCCCUUGGCCAUGGACGGUGCAGGCCUCUGAGCACUGCUCUGCGAAGAGGAGCCGGGCAAACCCACCAGCAUGGUCCACCCUGCCCGCCCUCGCUGCUGAAGCUGCCCUGGGGAGACUGGCAGGGGCCCUCCCCACCCAGGCGGUUCAUGGGUCUCUAGGGAUCUUGGAGAUGCCUGCAAAGAGAGGCUGCGGCUGGUGGCGGGCCCGGCUGCCCCUCUGCCUGCUCCUCAGCCUUUACGGCCCCUGGGUGCCUUCCUCCCUGGGGAAGCCCAAGGGCCACCCGCACAUGAACUCCAUCCGGAUAGACGGGGACAUCACGCUGGGCGGCCUCUUCCCGGUGCACGGCCGCGGCUCCGAGGGCAAGGCCUGCGGCGAGCUCAAGAAGGAGAAGGGCGUCCACCGGCUGGAGGCCAUGCUCUUCGCCCUGGACCGCAUCAACAACGACCCGGACCUGCUGCCCAACAUCACGCUGGGCGCCCGCAUCCUGGACACCUGCUCCAGGGAUACCCACGCCCUGGAGCAGUCGCUGACCUUUGUGCAGGCGCUCAUCGAGAAGGACGGCACGGAGGUCCGUUGCGGCAGCGGCGGCCCCCCCAUCAUCACCAAGCCCGAGCGGGUGGUGGGCGUCAUCGGUGCUUCCGGGAGCUCCGUCUCCAUCAUGGUGGCCAACAUCCUUCGACUCUUCAAGAUCCCCCAGAUCAGCUACGCCUCCACAGCCCCCGACCUGAGCGACAACAGCCGCUAUGACUUCUUCUCCCGAGUGGUGCCCUCGGACACGUACCAGGCCCAGGCCAUGGUGGACAUCGUCCGUGCCCUCAAGUGGAACUACGUGUCCACGCUGGCCUCCGAGGGCAGCUACGGCGAGAGCGGCGUGGAGGCCUUCACCCAGAAGUCCCGCGAAGAUGCUGAGGUUCCGAGAGGUGGAGUGUUUUGCCUAGGAUCACACAGAGAGGUCUCAGAGCCAGGACCUGGACCCAAAGCCCCUCUCCUCCAUUGGCCUCUCCCCCCAGCUCGGUGGUCACAUCAGGGAGAAGGGGGCGUAUGCAUCGCCCAGUCGGUGAAGAUCCCUCGGGAGCCCAAGUCCGGUGAGUUUGACAAGAUCAUCAGGCGCCUCCUGGAAACCUCGAACGCCAGAGCGGUCAUCAUCUUUGCCAACGAGGAUGACAUCAGGCGCGUGUUGGAGGCCGCUCGAAAAGCUAACCAGACAGGCCACUUCUUCUGGAUGGGCUCAGACAGCUGGGGAUCCAAGAUCGCACCCGUGCUGCGCCUGGAGGAGGUGGCCGAGGGCGCCGUCACCAUCCUUCCCAAGAGGAUGUCCGUGAGAGGCUUCGACCGCUACUUCACCAGCCGCACGCUGGACAACAACCGGCGCAACAUCUGGUUUGCGGAGUUCUGGGAGGACAACUUCCACUGCAAGCUGAGCCGCCACGCGCUCAAGAAGGGCGGCCACGUCAAGAAGUGCACCAACCGAGAGCGCAUCGGGCAGGACUCAGCGUAUGAGCAGGAGGGGAAGGUGCAAUUUGUGAUCGACGCCGUGUACGCCAUGGGCCAUGCGCUGCACGCCAUGCACCGCGACCUGUGCCCAGGACGUGUGGGGCUCUGCCCGCGGAUGGAUCCCGUGGACGGCACGCAGCUGCUCAGAUACAUCCGCAAUGUCAACUUCUCAGGCAUCGCAGGGAACCCCGUGACCUUCAAUGAGAACGGAGAUGCCCCCGGGCGCUACGACAUCUACCAGUACCAGAUGCGCAAUGGCUCCGCGGAGUACAAGGUCAUCGGCACGUGGACUGACCACCUGCACCUCAGAAUAGAGCGGAUGCACUGGCCGGGGAAUGGGCAGCAGCUGCCUCGCUCCAUCUGCAGCCUGCCCUGCCAGCCAGGCGAGCGGAAGAAGACGGUGAAGGGCAUGCCCUGCUGCUGGCACUGCGAGCCCUGCACCGGCUACCAGUACCAGGCAGACCGGUACACCUGCAAGACGUGCCCCUACGACAUGCGGCCCACGGAGAACCGCACGGGCUGCCGGCCCAUCCCCAUCAUCAAGCUCGAGUGGGACUCACCGUGGGCCGUGCUGCCCCUCUUCCUGGCCGUGAUGGGCAUCGGCGCCACGCUCUUUGUGGUGGCCACUUUCGUGCGCUACAAUGACACCCCCAUUGUCAAGGCCUCGGGCCGGGAGCUGAGCUACGUGCUGCUGGCCGGCAUCUUCCUGUGCUACGCCACCACCUUCCUGAUGAUCGCCGAGCCCGACCUGGGCACCUGCUCGCUGCGCCGCAUCUUCCUGGGGCUGGGCAUGAGCGUCAGCUACGCCGCCCUGCUCACCAAGACCAACCGCAUCUACCGCAUCUUCGAGCAGGGCAAGCGGUCGGUCAGCGCCCCGCGCUUCAUCAGCCCGGCCUCACAGCUGGCCAUCACCUUCAGCCUCAUCUCCCUGCAGCUGCUGGGCAUCUGCGUGUGGUUCGUGGUGGACCCCUCCCACUCAGUGGUGGACUUCCAGGACCAGCGGACGCUCGACCCCCGCUUCGCCCGGGGCGUGCUCAAGUGCGACAUCUCGGACCUGUCGCUCAUCUGCCUGCUAGGCUACAGCAUGCUGCUCAUGGUCACGUGCACCGUCUACGCCAUCAAGACGCGCGGCGUGCCCGAGACCUUCAACGAGGCCAAGCCCAUCGGCUUCACCAUGUACACCACCUGCAUCGUCUGGCUGGCCUUCAUCCCCAUCUUCUUCGGCACCUCACAGUCGGCCGACAAGCUGUACAUCCAGACGACCACCCUGACGGUCUCGGUGAGUCUGAGCGCCUCGGUGUCCCUGGGGAUGCUGUACAUGCCCAAGGUCUACAUCAUCCUCUUCCACCCGGAGCAGAACGUGCCCAAGCGCAAGCGAAGUCUCAAAGCCGUCGUCACCGCCGCCACCAUGUCCAACAAGUUCACACAGAAGGGCAGCUUCCGGCCCAACGGGGAGGCCAAGUCAGAGCUCUGCGAGAACCUUGAGCCGCCAGCUCUGGCCACCAAACAGACCUACGUCGCCUACACCAACCAUGCAAUCUAGCGAGGAGGCCGCUGCCGAGCUGGGCAGCGGGAGGACCCGAGACCCUUGUGGAUGGUGCAUUGGGCCAAGGCCAAGCCCAAGGGCCCUGCCGCCGCCGCCGCCGCCAUCCUGCCUGCCCGUGGGUGCCCACGGACAUGGCUUGGUGCUGAGGACAGCAGAGCCCCCAGCGGUCACUGCUGGGCAGCCAGGGAAAACUGGAGGGAGGCAGAAAGAGAAUGAGGGGCUGGGUGACUCAGGCCCCUCCCCACCUAGAGCCUGGUCUGGGGCCGUUGCCUGUCCCACCCCAAACCACAGGGGCUCAGGUGUGUGGGCCCAGUGCUGCGUUCCUAUAUCCCCCCAUUCACAUCUGUUCCAUGGUGACUGUCACUCCCCCCGCCUCUGCGUCCUCCUCUCUGUGAGUCACCUUUGCCCCCUCUGUCUCUCUGUCCCUUUGCUCAGCCGCCUUUCUUUCUGGCUCUUGCCCCCCUCCCCUCGUCCCCCGCUCUCCGUCCCCAGGGCUCUGUGCCUUCUCACGUGCUCCACCUGUGUCUCCCCUGGUCUUGUGUUUUUCUUUCUUGUCCUCCUCUGCCCCCCGCCCAGCCUUCCUUUACUCUCCCCGUCGUAAGUCGCCAAACGGUUCAUGCCGCAGAAGAGCAAAGAGCAAAACAAAGCACACACACACACACACACACACACAAAACGAGUCUCGAGUGUGUUGCCAAGUGCCGCGUCCUCCCGGUGGCCUCAGUGUGUGUCCCUGGGGCCCACAGCCUGCCCGCCUGCCCCCUGUCCCCGUCUGUCCUGCCCGCCUGCCCGCCUGCCCGCCUGCCCCUCCCGCCGACGACAUGGAGUUCAGUGCCUGGGUGUCUGGUGAUGGUUAUUGAUGACGAUGUGUCAUGCAUGAUUGUUUUUAUACCAAGGACAUUUCUAAUAAAAAUAAA